ACGACCGAUUGCGUCCGUGGCUUAUAUAAUUUGGAAUUCACUAGCCCCGGUGUAAGGAUCACGCACAGCGGUUGUAGCUUGACUAUUCAAGUUUCGAGUAACCGCUCUGUUGUUUGUGUUUGUGUGAACUAAGGAAGUAAAGAAAAACUGGAUUCCCUCUCGGACUUGAAUAAUUUAUAGUUUCCAAAAUCUUUUAAUCGCGCGCGAUCCACGAACAGGGCAACUUGCAUGCUUCUGUUCUGGGAAAUUGUAAUGUUCGAUUGUUCUAAGGGAAAAAGUGUAUCAGUAAGUUCUUAGAUACAGUGAUAUAGUGAUUUCAACAGCCACUGAACAAUUUUGAAUUAUAAUGAAACUCGGUAAACCUGUUCUUGUCGGCAGAGGCGAAACUAGUUACGAAAAUUGUAAUAUUCUUCUGUGAAUAGCAUUGGACUACGUCUUUUUUUUACUAUACUAAGAAUUAGAAGUCUGACGAUUGAUUGCUAGCUCAGCGAAACCAUGCUGCACAAAUUUCUGUCUCUGUUCGGGCUGUUGGUAGUUUUGGCAGUUUAUUCUCAAGCCCAAGAUUUUUUGGACGCCCUAUUUGUGUCUGAUGCACCAGUGGCGCCAACGUCACCACCCGUAUAUACAUGCAGCGGAGAAUGCGUUCCGUAUUACUUGUGUGACGGGAACCAGAUUGUUACCGACGGAACUGGCAUCAUUGACAUCCGCGUGGGAGAAGACACCACCGUUGAAAAUGAAUGCCCCAACUACAUGGAGAAAUGCUGUGAAAAGGAAGAAGUACUACCUGAAGCCCCACCAGCGGCUACCGCGCCUCGGCGUCCCACAGGCAAGUACACUUGUGGUGCACGCAACCCCGAAGGGUUAGGAUUCAGAAUAACCGGUAACAGGAACGGUGAAUCUGAGUACGGAGAAUUUCCAUGGAUGUUGGCGAUAUUACGAGAGGAUAACGCCUAUGAAUGUGGCGGUUCGUUAAUUACCCCUAACGUUGUUCUAACGGCAGCCCACUGUAUCAUGAACAAACCGAAAAAAAAGUUUCUGGUGCGUGCUGGGGAAUGGGAUACUCAGACUAAGAACGAGUUGCACCCUCAUCAGAAUCGUCGGGUGCGAGAGGUUAUUACCCAUAACCAGUUCCACCAGGGCUCACUAGCCAAUGAUGUUGGUCUUUUAAUUCUCGAACAACCAUUCGAUUUAGCUGAGAACAUCCAACCCGUGUGUCUUCCUCCCAAAAACUUCAACUUUGAUGGCAGUAGCUGUUUUGCCUCAGGAUGGGGUAGGAAUAUAUUCGGCAAAGGAGGAAAAUAUCAAGUUAUUCUGAAGAAAGUUCAGUUAUCAUUUGUGCCACAUUAUCAGUGCCAAAGCGCUAUGAGAACGACUCGAUUGGGAGAACGUUUCCGCUUGCAUCAAAGUUUCAUCUGUGCAGGAGGAGAAAAGGGUGCAGACACUUGUCGUGGAGAUGGAGGUUCUCCACUGGUUUGCCAAAUCCCUGGCGCAUCAACAAACUACUAUCAAGCCGGUAUCGUUGCCUGGGGUAUUGGUUGUGGUGAACAAGGAAUUCCUGGAGUCUACGCAAAUGUUGCCAUGUUCAGGGAUUGGAUUGAUCAGCAAUUGACCCAACGAAAUGUUGAAAGCAAGCAUUAUACUUUUACAUAAAAUUAUUAUUUCGAGAUUCGAAGUAGCUUGAUAAAAUGAUAAUAAAUACGAAAUUCGUUUAUUCUUUCAAUCAAUCCAAA